AUGUCUGGCAGAAACGAUACCAAAAGCAAUGGUUACACAAAUGAUUCCAAAGACGAUAGGAACAACACUACUGUGUUCGAUGCUGAAUCGACAUAUUUACUUCGGAAUCGCAGUGAGAAUUUAAUCUCACAGAAUAAGGAAAGAAUACCUAAGAAGGAGGAUAUAAAUGCUCUCAUAGAGGAAGCUAUGAACUUACAAGAUGAAAUCAAUAUUUCGUUUGCUGAGCUCAGCGAUCUUAAUAGACAAGUACGAAUUGAUGUAGAAGAGUUUUGUAAAAUUAGAAAUAUGGAUGUAUCGAAUAUCUCAAAGGAUGAUAUAUUUUAG